AUGGAGACUCUCUUUGCCACAAGUAUCUAUGAAAAUAUUCGCUUGGGUAAAGAAAAUGCAACGAAAGCUGAAAUCGAAGAAGCAGCACGUCAAGCCAAUGCGCAUGAUUUCAUUAUGCAAUUACCGGAUAAAUACGAAACACUGGUUGGUGAGCGUGGUGUUCAGCUAAGUGGAGGUGAAAAGCAACGUAUAGCUUUGGCCCGUGCUCUCGUAAAACAACCUAUCUUGCUUUUGUUGGACGAAGCAACAAAUGCUCUUGAUAGUGCCAAUGAACAGAUCAUCCAAGAAGCACUUGAUAAAGCUUGCAAAGAUCGGACAACUAUUGUUAUUGCUCAUCGUUUGGCAACAAUUCAAAAUGCACAUCGAAUUUAUGUGUUAAAUGAUGGGCAUAUCAUCGAACAAGGUACACACGAGACACUGAUGGCACAAGAAGGAAGUCAAUAUCGUAAAAUGAUGAAAGCUCAACAAGAAGAAAGAACAGAAAAGGAUAUAGAUGAAAGAACGAGCGAUGCACAAAUAGAAGAUGAUGACCGAAAACAAACAUCUGAAUGCUCUCAGCAUCAUAGUCAUAAUGAACUUGACGAUGAAGUUAAAUACGUUUCAUUUGCUGUAUCGGGCUCCAAGUUGACGCAACGCAUUUGUGCUAAAGCUUUCGCACAUUAUCUCCGUCAGGAAAUGGCGUUCUUUGAUCUUCUUGAAAAUAGUCCUGGAGCUAUUUUGAAUCGUCUUUCAUCUGAUGGUUUGGCUGUUCAGCAGAUGGUUGGCACUCGUCUUGGCAUCGUUUGUGAAUCAGUUGCAACGUUUGGAAUUAGUAUGGCUAUUGGAUUUCUCUUCACUUGGCAAUUAACAUUAACUCUGUUCUUUAUUAUUGUCUUUUUUUUUGUUUUUGCAUUCAUGCAAAUACGUUGGCAAGCACGAUUGAACAAACUUUCUGAUUGUAUUGUUGGAUCAGCAAGUUCGGUAAGACGAACAUUUUGA